AUGCCUUCUUUCACUGGCUAUACUCCUUAUACCAAGAAAGAAGAGAACAGAGAUCGAGGAGAUGACUCUGUUUUUGGCACUGAUAGUGAAGAUGAAGCCGAGGAUAUCUUCGAAGGCGCUGAUUUCGACUUCAGUAUCAAAAAGCCAGCGCGUCAACUUCGCCAAGUUGUGCAAGAAAUGAAAGAACUGCAGCGAAAGGACGGUAGUUUCUACGAGAAACCAGGAGUCGCUCGGGUGCGUGGUAAAUUUGAUCCCCUGUUCUCUAAACCUUGGUGGAGAGUAGAAUUACAAGUUAACACAGUUAAAUCAUCGAAGCACGAAAAGAUAGCUUCCUCACUACCUUCUUACAUGUAUCGAACGGAUGAUGGUCUUGGGAAAGAUAUUUUGUCUCUGUUUUUGCAGGCGUGCGAAGUACACGAGCAACAUGUGACGAUGUUUUUGGAAUUCAUCAGAAACAACAACCUUAGACCAUCAUUAAAUAGUCUGCUGGAAAACUUGAAUCAAUUUAGUCAUUCUAGUGAAGACCACGAGGAGGUCGCGCACCAGAUUCAAACAUCGCUUCAUCAUGCACGUAAGUUUAAUUUUGAUAAGCUUUCUGCGUGGAAAUAGACCUCUAGGAUACAUCCUCUUGACCCCACAUAUAUUUUAUUGUUUUAAUUGUCUUUGGUUUAAAAUUUUGUUAACCACAUAGAACGACUAAAAAAAUUAAUAAAUGUGGUUCGAAAAGUGAACCGAAGAAAAACCACAACAUACACGUACGCGGCUGUCAACCCCAGGGGGGUACUAUAGGAAUUUCUGGGUGGGGAUGUGCCGCUGGGACCCUGGAACCCUUAACCUAUACCAGAGUUAGUUCAGCUGAAUUUUGCUACCCUAUACUAGAGUAAACUCCCCAAAUCCCCCCUAUCCUAGAGUAGCUGUUUCCCUAGUCUAGAUAAAAUCUUCAACCAACUGACCAGUUUCCGGAAAAAUGAUACCCUAUCCUAGACCCAAACUCACUGAUUUAUAUAUCCUAUCCUAGAGUAAACUGCUUGAAAACCGUACCCUUCACAGCGGCACAUAACUACCUAGCCCAUAUAUGGCAGUACCCCCCCCCCCCCCCCCCCCCCCAACCCCCCCCCCCCCGACUCUUCACAACUAGUGGGGGGGCUGCGAGAGAGAGGUGGGGGGUCCACAAGACGCCGGGGUGGGUGGGGUGGGUGAGAUAUGGCGCAAAAGUUGUGCCGUGUGGUCUUUUUGUGUGUGCAUAACUCACCAAGUUCCCGAAAAAUGAAUCCCUCCCCCCAACCCAAACCCCCUGAUUUUUAUUUCCUAUCCUAGAAUAAACUGCUUUAAAACCCCACCCUCCCCCGCCGCCCAUAACCACCCAGCCCCUAUAUGGCAAUCCCCCCCCCCCCCCCCCGGGCUGUCAAUCCCCCACGUCCUAGAUUUUGAAAAUUGAUAGGGAAUUCGACAGAGGAAGUUGGUGUUGACACCAAGUCCCGUGGUUGGUAGGGUUAGAUACAUUAUGCUCGAAAAUUUGAGCCUUAUGCUUUUGAGGGUUACCCUCAAAACAAUGGCAUUAUGCCUAAAAUUAUGCUCGAAAAGUAGCAUUAUGCUUGACUGAUCUUGGCUGUAUUUGAUGCCCUUUUGCAUCCCCGCAGACAUUAAUACAACAUUUCACCACAUCUGUUACAAAUUUCAAACUGGCAGCCAUGGUGGAUAGACAAUUGGCCAGCCUUAGCAGACUAGCAAAAUGAUGCAACAGUGCAACAAGACAUUGAAACUAGUAAUCAAGCCUUUGAAUGGACGUAUUUAUACCAGAGGACGUCUGAGACAUUUAAAACAUCUUAGACAACAUAGACAUCUUGUAUAAAUACGGGAAAUACGGCAGACGCAUUAAACGUGAGAUGAAUAAAAUGUCUGAAGUUAAGUGUGUCCAAUGCACUUAACAGAUGAAUAAGGGUUUAAGACAUAUAGUAUUAAAACGGGACGCACUUAACAGUCAGACAUUUAAUGCAUCUGGACGUCUAAGACGUCUUCUAGUAUAAAUACGGCCAAUAUGUUAAUCCUUACUGAAAGCACUUGAAAGUAAAAAUUUCGUAGUACAGUUAUGGAAAUUAUUACUAUUUUUUCAUUAUCAUUCACAUUAUGCUGAAAAAAGUGGCCAUUAUGCUUGAUGCUCUGACUAAAGCAUUAUGCCCAAAAUUAUGCCGGCUUAAUGUAUCUAACCCUAGCAGUGGGGACUUUUGAAUUUCCUCCGAUCAUGGAUGUCAUUGUGGAAUGGGAGUCACUCAGUUUAACCAGUUGCAUUACCGUGUAAUUGGAUAAGUGGUAAUCAAAGAUGUCAGCCAUUGUUCUGACAAGGAUCUGAAGGUACAUGUAUACAGCUGUGAAAGAUGGCGGUCAAGGAGAACAUAACAAGCCAUCUUUUUUUAUCCUCUCUAUCUUAUUCAAAUGUAUACAACCAUUCAAGUGAUGAACCUUUAAAAUAACAGUUUCUGCUGUGAAAAACAUGACUGUACCACUGGCUUCACAGCUAUUAACCCAUUUGUUCCUGGAUAUUUUGCGGAAAAGCGCGUUUUGAUGAUAGUCAAGCGGUUUUCUGGUCGCUGUCGUGCUAUACAGAGCUAAAACUCACCACAAAGCUGUUUGCAGGUCGUUCACUUCACGGCCUUCUAAUCCAGAUGCAAAAUAUUUGCUUGCGAAGUUCGGGCAUGUUUUGGGGUUUAAAAGUGACACAGCAGUCUUGACUUUUACUUUUCUCUUUCUCUCCUCCCCUUUUUUUCGCUUUUCUUGCCUCGUUUUUUUUUCGCUUGCUGGGCAUUUAGUAGGCUUCAUUUUGGUGGGAAAAGUUUUUAGGAAAGCAUUUAGGAUCUUAGGAUUAGAUGAAAGGAAAGGUAGGUGUGUAGUGGAACAAGAUUUUCAAGGAAAUUUUCAGGUCAAUCAGGGGUGUCAAAAGAAGCCAGCUGGUGGCAAAACUCGCUGCCUACUUGGUUAGUAUCGGCCAGCUACUAUGCUUGGCAUUUCCUUGUGGAUGGGGUUUUUUAAAUAAAGUAUCCCUGGACUGGCCACUUACUUUGACAACUCAGCCGUCUACUUCAAAACUUUCUGACAACCCUUUCAAUGUUACAUGUUUUUUUUUGCCUUUUUUCUGCGGUGUCCUUGACUGAAUUGUGCUCAUUCUGGUAUGGUUUGAAAGAUCUCUUCACUCUGCACAAGUAAGUGGACAAAGUUGUCCUUGACCAUUAAAACUGAUGACGUCACAAGCAGUAGAAAGGAUGUGAAUCUGCAUGGGUGGUUAUCUGCAUUUUUUUUUUAAAGGUCUGACUCUCUAUUGAUCACCUAUUUGAUAACUUUGAGUCUUGGAAAAGAAAUUAUUGUUUUAUUUGGAAAACGUCUAGAAAAAGUGGAUCCAAAAAUCCCGAUGAACCCUGCUCUCAGUUGGAGGGGUGGGGAAUUUGUUCUCUGUUAACCAAAUAUGAUGUUGUUGGGGUAGGCUAUUUGAGCAAAAAAAUGCUUGGAGUUCAAAUCCCUGGCUUCAAAACAAGUGGAUUCUAUUUCUUUUCUGUAUUGUGAAUAUUUUAACAGUGUUUGCACUGUCUUAACAGUAGCAUGUUUUGUAAUUUAGUUGAUACAGUUGUACAUUUGAAAAAAUGAAAUUGAGAGAUCUCAGUAUGCUUGAGCAGCGAGGACUUCAUACCCUAUUCUGUGGUACAUACCUAUAUAUUUGUGUAGGUAAUAGCAUGAUUUGUAGUGAUAUUUGGCAUAAAUACCACAAGUGAUAUUUCGAAAUUGUUAUACGUAAUUUCACAAGCCGUUAGGCGAGUGAAAUUUGAGACAAUUUCACAAGUGGUAUUUAUGCCAAAUGUCACGUACAAAUCAUGCUAUUAUUUGUUUAUACUACUACCCACAAAAGGUUUGUAAUUUUCACAUGUAGGUAUUUCAAAUUUAGCUGCUCUAAGCCAAUCAAAUUGCAGAAAUUUCUCAUGUAGUACUAUAAUAUUUAUAAUUUUGUAUUUGGGGAGGGGAAGAGCUGUUAAAAAAGUGUACCACUUUUUAUUUUGUGGCUUUCUUAGUAUUGCUGGUUUGAAACUAAUGACACAGCGGCCAUGUUGGUUGACAAGAGUACAAGCUCUUCCCUACUCUAGGAGCCUAACGUUUUUUCAUUCAAAUUCUGUGAAAGGAAAAAAUUGUUUUGUUUUGUUAACCAACAUGUCCACCCUGUUAUGUUGUUGCUAAUCCAGAAAAGCUUUUUAAAGCUAUUGUUGCAAGUGUUUUUGAAAAUGCAUGUAAACUUUCAUUUUUCCAAUGAGCAUAAAAAUUAAUUUUCUUGCUCAUCAUUUUCUCUCAUGUUUGAAUAAACUUAUACCUUGUAUUUGAUAUGUCAAUUAAUAGUAAUAGGAGUCUCCAUAUCUAUACCUUUCCCUCUAGGGUUAAGUUAAUUUUUAAUAUUAUUUGAAAAUUAUUUUCUGUUUCCGCUUUACUUUUAUAUUUGCAGCCACUGGUAAAGCUUUCCUGGUGCCAGAAUUUACACGUUUUGCUCACCGAUUAUUACCUCGUCAUGUUUGUUCCAUCUUUGAUGAAUGUUCCCUAGAGUUACUGCAAGAAUUAGAGAGGACCAUCAACAUGGAGCCAUGGAUUUUUGGCUACUGGACUGUUCUCAGUUCAAGGUAUGACCUGUCAGGAUGUGAAGCUAAGCUAACAUCUUUUCAGGAAUGUAAUCUAUUCCAGAAAAUGCCAGUUAUUAUGAAAGAUGCAUUGCGUUUAUACUACAAACUUUGUGAAAAGAUCCGUAAGUUUGGGCACACUUACGUACAUCUCUCGCAGCUGAAAGGAUGGGAAACUAAUGUAAGGCACUGGGAGGAGAGUCUUUCCUAUCUGAGCUCAAUAGAUGCAGUGGAGACUUGUGAUGACCAUCUGGGUGAUGAACGGAUUGUCUUUUUACCUUACCUUCGUCGGUUUGAACAAAGAAUCGCAAACAACUUGUCAUACAUCAUGCAUAAGGAACCGUGGAUUGGUAACAUUGAUGUUGAACAACAGGUAAUAUUGUAAGUGGUUUGAAAUAUGUAUGUGUCCUCACAAUAUAGUUAAGGUGGCCAGUACUAGUUUUCUUGCAUGGGGAGUCCAUUGCGCGUGCAUCUCACUUCACUUUGUAUGUGCAAGAUACAGAAAACGACUAUGGCAGUGUGCUGCUAUUUUUGUGCAAAGUUACUUUUGGCCUGUUUUAAAUAAAAUUCAUGUUUAUCUAACUCUUAAUACACCGUAAAAAAAUCCUGUUUUAACUAUAUAUUUUCAUUUCUCCGCUCAGUGCGUAAGUUUCAAAACGAAUACUUGCAUGCAAUGUGCACCGCAAUAGAUCAUGACAGGAAUUAGAAGGCCAAUGACACUCUUAAGUACUAGAAGAGCAAUGACACUCUAAGUACUAGCAUAACUACAAAAAUAAUAAGCUAGAAUACUACCACAAUUAGCCACACUUUAUCUUCUUGGCUACAUUUCAUCAUUUGGAUCAUGUUUACCUUACAAGUUGAUAAUGAAAAUUGAACACUUUAAGUCAAUUUUCCCGUCAGUCUCCGCAAACAAUUUUGUCUUUGGCACUUCGCUUUGUUGCUUAUGUUGAAAAGUUAGUCCAGAAGGCAAUGUUUUGAGUUACUAAACAUUACCCUGAAUGAGAAAACCUAAUAACAAUGCGUAAAUUGGAUGCGUGUAAUUUUUUUCUUCUCUGCAAUGACUGUAACAAACUCAAAGGAUGCCUACGAGUGUACACGCAACAGUCAGCGGUAGUCAACACAGCGCAUGAGUAACCUAUGUUCUUAUAGGAUUCAGAUUUUACAACCACAAAAACACACGUGGGAAUUUGUCAUUUCUCAAAGUAUUUUAGAAGAAAACAAGUCCUGUGACCCCCUAUUUUUAUUGCUUUCAUGUUUUGUCAGAGUUGACAGGAAACAGCAGUGUUCUCCUUAUCAGGUGGUAACCCGGUAAAAUUUACUGCCUGAAGCAACACCUCUUACCACCUGACACGGCCUGAAGGUUUACUAAAAUAUUAUUAAAGAAGUACUUUUAAAAAAUACACGGGUUGUGGUCCAAUCCAAUUCUCACAUGCCACAAGGAAAUGAAUAAAUAUAUGGAAAAGUAAUAAAGUAUAAGAAGCUUUUCUUUUUAUGGGCCAGGUAUUUUGGAAAAAGAACAUUGAAGACAGAGUAAAAUUUUGGAAUCAGUCGUUUAUAUUGUUGUGUAAAGGUAACAAUGGCGCAUUUGCGUAAAAUAGGGCUUAAAAUGAGGGAAUGACAUUUCAGUGAAAGUAGCUCCUAAAUUUCCCAGCCUGCUCCUGGAAACAUGUACCUCUGUGGUGCAUAUUGUUUGCCUUUAGGUCCAAAUAAUCCUUAAGAUACAUUGUCAUGGUAACUGCUGAUGACAAAAUUAUGGUUGUUUUAAGUCAAGCAUUCAUUGUAUAAUCUAACUCUACAAAAGUGCUGCCAUGGCUUUGGAUUGAACUAGCCAAUGAAUAACUGAGUGGAUGCAAAACAAUCCUGCAUUAACUGAAACAUGUUGGGGGAUAAAUAAGUCUUUUGUUUUGACUUUGACUUGAAAAAAUUGACUAUCAAAUUACCAGCCUUUUAGGAAGAAUGCUAAAAAAGUUUUUCAAAGUGCUCUGCUGUAAAUAAUUUAAAUGUACAGGAUUUAGAUAGAAGACUUGUCAAAAGUUAUCUUUAUCACGCACAAAUUUAUUUGUGUGUGUAUUUUCGAAAUCUCGCUGAGAAAGGAAUCCUUUGAGUGGGUGAUUUAAUCGCGAAUAAAAAUGAACUUAUAAUCAAAAACGAGUUGAGAUUCUUGCACCUUUCACAAUUAGAUGCCUUAAGGCCUUUCUCUUUAUUCGAUUCUCUACCAACUGAAUGGUGUGAAUUGUUAAAAACGUGCAUCUCUACAGGUGUCACACCAUUCAUUGUGCGUGAUGAGAUAAAGUUCAGCUUAAAUGGUCAAAUUGUUUUACUUGAAAAAGUGUAUUCAAAAAUUGUUUAUAAAGAACUUUGAAACAGAACCGUCGCUCCACCAACUGCUAAACUAAAGUUUAAUGCUCAUUUACACUUUGAACUGGAAAAAAUUUACAGCUUGCCAUAUCACAUUGCCUUGGAUACAAAGACUUGCGAGUUUCAGUAUAAAUUACUAAACAGAUGCCUUGUGACAAAUACCUUCUUAUGCAAAAUCGGUGUUACACCAUCUCCAGCAUGCUCCUUAUGUGGUGAAUCGGAUGAAUCCCUCAAACAUCUUUUUCUGUCUUGUCAUUAUACUAAGAACUUCUGGGCUGAGGCUAUAAAAUGUCUUGUUGAUCAUGAAGUCAAGCUCGAAAAUCUUUCAGACAAAGAUAUACUGUUUGGUAUUAUUGGAUGCAAGGACAAGAUAUUUGUGAAUCAUAUUUUAUUACUGGCAAAACAAUACCUAUACUCUUGUAGACAGAACAAAUAUUCACCCUUCAUUAGAGUUCUUAACUCCAAAGUUAACAUUGUUUUCUUAAUCGAGACAGUGAUCGCUAAGUCAGACAAUAAGCUGGAGACCCACAAUAUGAAAUGAAGCAAAUAUAAAUUUGAUUAGCAUACAAUCCUUUUGCUGCUUACUUCAUUUAUCAAUUUUUUCAUGUAAAUAGAGAAGAAUGUACUGGGGAGGGAUGUGUUUUAUCAGUAUAUAAUUGUGUGUGCUAUGUAUGUAUGUUUAGGUUGCUUUUCUUUUUUUGUAUUUUUCUUUCGUGUUCAUAAGGGUCAGUGUGUAAAACAUUGCAGUACAUGAAUUUAUUGUAAAAACAAAAUAAAAAUGUAUUAAAAUACAAAAAAAAAAAACGGUCAAAAAAGAGGGAAACUGGUACGAGCCACCUUAAGAAAACAAAACUUUCUCAUGAAUCAGCAGGUUGGUAACUGCCGCCUCCUCAGGUCCUUAGGUUUUAUCGUGCCCUGGUCACAAACAAAGGCAAAUGGAAAAUGCUAGUGACCUUUGAUGAAGUGCAAGUGACAAUAGGAAGGAGAAAGAAGGGAAGAGGCUGUUUCCUCCUUCCUGCCUUCUCUUGCCUGCGUGCAGAUGUCUCCUAUUUCCGUUGUUGCACGCGUGCAACAAAGGAAAUAGGAGACGUCUGCAUGCAGGCAACGCCUUCUCUUGCGCCCAAAUUUGUAUACUAGAGAGACGUGUGAGGCAGGAGAGGGUAUAUAAUAGGGAUGCUAAAGAAUAAAUAAUAAUGAUGAUAAAUGGGAGAUCACAGAAUCAUUGCAGAGACAAUAAUUAUCUCUGGCUGAACCCCUAAUAAUGUCCAAUUUAGCAGGGCAUUUGUUACUGGAUAUGACACCAACAUCUGUUUAGUCUUAAAAUGUUGCAAAUGAUUCCUUGAUAAGUAUUUAAGAAAGAAAAAUUGUUUCAAUUUAAUAAUAUAUUAUUGUUAAUGAUAUAUGAAAUAAAUCAUUAUUGCUGUUGUUCAAGAGAGUUGCCAGGGUUGUCACCAAGAUUUCAAGUUGCCUGAUAAAUACAACAAGCAGACAGGGAAUAAAACAGCUAGGGAUUUCCUUUGGUUUUAUAUUUCUUCUCUUUUCCAAUGAAAGUAGCCAGGGACCACAUUCAUAAUAGCCGGGGAAAAUUUUUGGUCCCUGUUGUUAAUCCUUAAUGACAGCCCAGGUUGGUCUCUAGUUUAGGUCCUCUAUUUUUCUAACACAUACAUUUAUGACACUCACAACUAGGCUUGGAUUGUUGUAUUGUUUUGUUCUGAGUACUGUAUGUGUGUUAUUGAUUGUUAACUUGAAACUAAAAAAAAGUGUUAUAUAAUUUAUAUUUGUUGGUACAAAUUAAAACCUUACAUUGCAAAGUGAGAGAAAGAUGCAAAACUACUUUAAACAGUACAUAGUGGCAUUAAUCUUCAAUUGUGUGGUUAAGUUUAACCAAGGGUUGAAAAGAAAGUGCUGCCUUUGUAAUGACAUCUGCAAAUGGUUAGACUUUUUAGUCUUCUUGGACAAGGAUGAAAAAAUUUAGGUCCCAUCUCACAGCACUUUCACUGAUUUGUUCUUGUGGGACGUAAAAGAACCUACAUCACUAUCGAAAAGAGUAGGGAUCGUAGACCCCAGUGGUGUGGCCAACCUUUACGAGUUGUGGGAUUGGGCAGAGAUGGCACCUUGCAUGGGACCUAUGAGUCCCGUUCAUGCACAUUCCCUCUGGGUAGGCCUGUGUCCAGAGAAGCUGGUAAAUAAAUAAAUAAGCCAAAUUGUAAGCAAUGUUAUUUUUUUGUCAAAGAACAGAUAAGUUCUGAAGCUUAUAACAAUAUAAGCCUUAACUUACAAGAUACAGUUAUGAUAACACAAAUUUAUACUCUGACCUACCUAACUUUUUUAAAUCUUAACCUGGAUUAGCUAAUCAACCUUUCAGGAACCUGGCCCAAACUACUUUACUUUAUGCAAAUUAAAGGAAAAAGAUUUGAAUUAUCAGUUCAAAGAGGACAGACCGCAAUUGUUGUUGCUCGAAAUAUCCAUAAUAGGUCAUAGCUGUUCAUCAGUAGGAUGCCUAAAAUGUGUGCAAUAUACGAGUAGGAAAACAACUCAAAGAAAAUGUAAUGCCUCAAACAACGAACUAAAUGCACAUCAAUUAAAUAGGUAAAUAAGGCAUGCAACAUUCAGCCAAUGAAUGCCAAUUUGAUUUGCUUAGUGUAGUCUUACUUUGGUCAUUCCCCUUCUUCCUAAACAAAUCCGAAAAGCCUCAUUACAGUGUAGAUUUUUAAAAAAAAUUGGUAAAUGUAAUGUUGUGCAAUAGAAUCAUUUUCAGUUGAUGUCAUUAAUGGUUCUAAUCAAGUCUGUGUUGGGUCACUGCAGGAAUUUGAGGGAGACGAAGACCAGAUUAAGGCAGCCAAGUUGAUAACAGAGAAGCCUGUUGUUGUGAUGUCCGGGCGUGGAGGUUGUGGCAAGACGUUUGUAGUCUCAAAAGUCUUGUUGAAAGCACUGGAGAGAAAAAAGGAAGAGAUUCGCAGAGAAUUCUGUGAAGAUGUAGAUGAUCAGCUCACGGCCGGUAUUGCUGAUACUGUUCCCAAAGAAGCCAAGCCAUGCCAUUCUUUAAUUCCGGAUACUCAAGGUGACAAAGAUUCGAUGAAAAAAGAAGUUUUCCAAGAUUUCUGUGAUGAUUUAGAUGAUAACCAUGCUGUAAUUCUUGAUGCUAUUCCUGAAGAAGCCAGGUCAUGCCAUUCCUCUGGGCUAAAUAUGCAAGCUGAUCAUGACAAAGAUUCAACCCACCAGAAGGAGGUAACCAGAAAGAUAAAGAAGAAGCAAAAGGAAGUUGAUGAAGCAGUGUUACUCACAGCUCCAACUGGCAAAGCUGCUUCAAUAUUAGGGAGCCGAAUUGGGCUUGAAGCAUACACACUACACUCAGUAAUAUACAGCUUCAUAAACUGGGAACAAAAGUCUCAGGAAGAAAAUGAUUGGAAGUUCCACAAUGUGCGUCUGCUCGUGUGUGAUGAGUGCAGUCUGGUCUCAGUCAAAGUUUUUUCCAAACUCCUAAGCUGCCUGAAAGAGUGGUCAGAGCUGCAGCAAGUGAUCCUUUUGGGAGACAUAAAGCAGCUGCCCUCUAUUGAGCCAGGCAAUUUUCUUUGUGAUGUAUACCAAACACUUGCAAUGCAUGGUGUUGCUGUCACGCUGAAAACAAAUCAUCGCUCGGACUCUGACCUUAUCGUUCAAAAUGCUGUCAAAAUUUCACAGCCUCCCAGACAGAUGCCACAUUUUGAUGAUUUGAGAAUGUUUCAUUCAAUAGAUUGUUCCUCAUAUGGAGGUGACAAACAGAGAGAGACAGACGUUGUCAAACAGGUUAUAAACGAUGUCUUGAAACGAGAGGAAUUGCAAGACCCCAAGUCCUCACAAUUUGUGGCAUUCCGCAAUGUAGAUUGCAAUCUCAUCAACGAGCAAUGCGCUCGCCAUUACAACAACCACUCCCUUUUGAGCAGGAAACCUGAUUAUCAAAUUGGGGACAAAAUCUGUAUCAGGCGUAAUGUGGAAUGCAAUGAUGUAUAUGGAAAGAGGCCUGUCAAGUUAUGCAAUGGAGAAAUAUUCUUCAUCCAUGAUAUCACUGAGGAGCAAGACAGUCGGGGAAAAAAGAAAGUUUACUUCAUCUUGGUCAGUGGCCAAACGAUGCUAAAAACGAGACUAAAAAUCAGGUUUGGAGAACUAAAGGCUGCCAAACUGUGUCAUGCUUGGGCACGAACCAUACAUACAUUCCAGGUAAAAAUGAUUACACAGUAUGUUAUUUCAUACACUUGACUGAAGUUCUACAUCAUAGCAACUAUUUUGAUCUAACAAAAUAGUUAAGUAAAGAAAGGAACUCGGAAAAGAAUGUUCACAAAAAUAUAAUGACAACAUUGAAGACAGUCUAGUUUCUUUUUACUUCUCCAAGUGUAUGUCUUCUGAGCAACCCUUUUGUUUCUGAACAUACCUACGACGGAAAAAUAUAAGUUUUAGAGAGUAUGGCAUCCUCACUGUAUUAUUAAGAAAAACUUCAGAGUGGUGCGCCCAUGUAUUCUACCAAUAGUUUUCCGUUUGGAUGAUUACUUAUGACAACUUCCCGAUUUAGAUUUGAAACCUCUUAUUUAACUUGCCAAGUCUGAAAUUCACAAAGUCUUGCAAGAUCUUACAUACAGCAUUUUAUUUUUUCUAUCAGGGCUCUGAGAUAGAGACAUUGGUGUACGUGGUAGGGCGUCCACAUUACCAAAACUGGCAGCAUGUGUAUACAGCCAUCACGCGUGGUAUACGACGCGUAAUAAUCAUUCACAAUCCAAGCUACCUGCAGAAAGCUAUCCAUACUUGUCCUGAACCGCGGCAGACAAAACUGAAGGAAGACAUAACUCGACAACUGCACUACUGCGAUCCGCCUUGGUCUGAAGGUGAUAGCUCAGAAACCGGCGAACAAACUGGUCCUCACAGAUUACAAUCUAAUCUGAUGCAUGACUCGGUUCACCAAGUGGAAUCAAGCGAUCCUUGUGGGUUGGCCCGUGGUAGUGAUUCUAGCAACCAUCACACUGCUGACCAGGAGAGGCCUUAUACUAACGGCAUGGAAUACACGGUUGACCAAUUAAGAUUGAGAGAAUUAGAGGCAUGUUUCGAGGUAUCCUGGUCCGAUGACGAUGAUGAUGGCUUGGAACAAUUUGAUGCCCAAGAAGCACAAUCAAAUGAGUUGAAAACAAUCGCUGCUUAUCCUGAAGUUGACAAUGCCCAUUCCUGGCAGGAAGAGAGAGUUGAUAGAGGUCAACCCAAUGUUUUAAAUGUCUCUAACUUUGUGAAUUUGGAGGAAAGCAGAGCAAAAGAGGACAGCACAUCCAGGCUGAGAACAACUUCCCCCGGCACCAGUACACAAACCCAGCAGACAAGUUCAUCAGUGGAUGGCGCUCUCCCAACUUCACCCCUGAAAAGGAAGCACCCAGAUUCAGAAAAUUCUGAACAUAUCUUCUGUUCAAAAGCACCGCCGCAAUCGCCGCUGAAUUGUUUUGCAUCUUCGCUGUCGUCGGUUAGUCCCUUAAAGCACAAUUCAUUGGGAUCGAGGAAAGUUAUCCUUGCAGAUUUCUCUUCCUGGUGCAGAAUUUGCAAGACUAAUAUUAACAUUAAGGAUAAAAUAACCUAUUUUAACGAGGGUUCAAGAAAGUGGUGGAUUCAUAGCGAGUGUGCCUAA